GAAACUUGAACCUGCUGUCAAAUAAACUGCCUUUCUGUCAAAUCAAAAACCAUCGAACACCUCGUGUUUGUGAAAAUUAGUUUUUUUGACGUUUGUUAGUACUCGAACAAAAGGAACUUUCGCAAAAUGCCAUCAGCAAAGGGAAAGAAAGCCGCCGCCGCCGCAGCACCAAAAGCUGAGGAGAAAAAGGUCGAAGAGAAACCCGUAGUCACGGAAAAGGAACCGGAAAAGGAGCCCGAAGCCAAAAUCGUCGAUGACGUGAGCGACACAGACUCCGACGACACGCCUCCCGAACUCGAAGAUGCUGGCGCCGCAACCACGCAAUUGGGCGAAGGCGGUUUGCCCGAUAUGGUAUCGAAGAGCAAGCAAUCACGUGGCGAGAAGAAGGCACGCAAAAUCAUGUCGAAACUCGGCUUGAAACCCGUCGCCGGCGUCAGUCGUGUCACAAUCCGCAAAUCCAAGAACAUUUUGUUCGUCAUCAACAACCCGGAUGUCUACAAAAACCCCCAUAGCGACACAUACAUCAUCUUCGGCGAAGCCAAGAUCGAGGAUUUGUCGCAACAAGCGCAAGUUGCUGCCGCCGAAAAAUACAAAACGGAUGCCGCGCCAACAGUUGGCGAUGUUGCCGGGGCCGCAGCGAGAACGCAAGAACCCCCAAUCACGGAGGAAGACGAAGAAGAAGUCGACGAAACGGGUGUCGAUGAGAAGGAUAUCGAGUUGGUCAUGUCGCAAGCCAACGUACCUCGCGCUAAAGCCAUUAGGGCGCUCAAGAGUAACCACAAUGACAUUGUUAAUGCAAUUAUGGAGUUGACAAUGUAAAAUUUUUGUCCCUCCCCUGUCAUUAAGUACUCUUUUUUGCGCAACAACUCCCCUCUGUAACCCGUAAUUUAACAGUAAUCCGGCUUUGGAAUUGAAAAUCUUUCAUUUUCGAGUUAAAACUUCAUCAUCAAUAAAAAAAUUCUUCAAAAAAUUCAA